AUGGGUGAAAUGGGUGAAAUGGGGGAGAUAAAAGAAAUGGGAGUUUGUUCGUAUCAGAAGAUGGAUAGAUCAUGGUUAUCAGCAAAUAGAAGAACGAAAGAAUUUCAGAAAGGGGUUGAAGAUCUAUUAAUGGUUGCAUUUGAGAAUGGGUACAACGAAGAAAAGAUUAGUUGUCCAUGCUUAAGGUGCGCACAUAGUAAAUCAUGGAAAGCUCAAACAAUAUGGCAUGGGGAGGCAAAUUUAGUUGAUAGCCAUGAACAAGAGGGGACUGAUGGUUCAGAAGCUAGUUUUACUCAAGUCCUUACAAGUAUGGGUCAAUCGGACAAUGAUGACGAUGAUAUUUCUUCGGAUACUUCAGAUUUCCUCAACCAUGUUAAAGGUGAACAACAACCCCUUUAUCCAGGAUGUAAGAGUUACACCAGGAUGAAAGCUUUAGUUAAGUUAUACAACUUGAAAUCGAAGCAUGGUAUGUCUGAUUCAUGCUUCUCUGAUGUUCUACUAUUGAUUGGCUCUAUGCUUCCGGAGGGCAACAAUUUUCCUUCUUCUUUCAAUGAAGCGAAGAAAACCUUAUGUACCUUAGGAAUGGGGUCUGAAAAGAUACACGCAUGUCCGAAUAAUUGUCUAUUAUACCGGGGCCAUAGAGAUGAAGACGAGUCUACUUGUCGCGUUUGUAACGCCUCGAGAUGGAAAUUGAACAAGAAAGGCGAGGAACAAGAAGGAAUCCCUGCUAAGGUUCUAUGGUAUUUUUCGUUGCUACCAAGAUUAAGAAAUUUUUUCAAUACACCUCAAAUAGCAAAGGACAUGACUUGGCAUGAUACCAGGAGACAAAAGGAUGGUAAAAUGAGGCAUCCAGCUGACUCGGAUACAUGGAAGGAUGUCGACCAAAAGUGGCCUGAUUUUGCAUCAGAGAGUAGAAACCUUCGGUUAGCUCUCUCCGCGGAUGGUUUCAACCCUUUUCGUGGAAACCGUACUGAUCACUCAAGUUGGCCGGUUUUCCUAUCAAUUUACAACCUUCCGCCAUGGCUUUGUAUGAAAAGAAGGUUUAUUAUGCUCUGCUUGUUGAUAUCAGGACCGACUGAAGCUGGAAAUGAUAUCGACGUGUUCCUUAAACCACUCAUAGAAGAUUUGAAGGAGUUUUGGCGCGGUAAACAGGUAUACGAUGCAUUUCAGAAAGAGCCUUUCAUACUUAGGGCCAUUUUAUUGUGGACAGUAAGCGAUUAUCCGGCCUUAGGGAACUUGUCUGGAAAUGUCGUCAAAGGGUAUAAUGCUUGUACCAUAUGUGUUGAUAAAACCAAUGCUACUAGGCUGGCUAAUUACCGUAAGACAGUUGUCAUGAGGCAUCGAAGGUGGUUGCCUCUUCAUCAUCCGUAUAGAAGGCAGAAAUCAGCUUUCGAUAACACUAUAGAAAAGGGUGUUGCUCCUAUUCCGUUAACUGGAGAUGAGGUUCUUCAAAGAGUACAACAUCUAAGGGGCCAUGUCUUUGGUAGGACCCAACGCCAACCUCGAUGGAAGAAAGGUGAAGCUCGACCUGUUUGGAAGAAGGUUUCUAUAUUCUUCCAACUCGAAUAUUGGAAAUUUUUGCCGGUUAGGCAUGUUCUUGAUGUGAUGCACAUCGAGAAGAAUAUAUGUGAAGCGUUACUUGGAACUUUGUUAAAUAUUCCAGGGGAGACAAAAGAUAGGGAGUCUGUCCGUAUUGACAUGGCUGCUAUGGGAAUAAGAACAGAGUUGAGGCCGAAAAAUCCUGGGAAAAAAGAGAAGCUUCUGUUGGCUUCAUGGAAUUUAUUACACGCUGAAAAGGUAACUGUUUGUUCAUCCUUCCUUAAAAUGAAGUUAGUAGAUGGAUUUUGCUCGAAUAUCAAGAAUCUAGUAAAUAUGGAAAAACUUCGGCUUGUAAAUCUGAAAUCUCAUGAUUGUCACACGAUAUUGCAUCAUUUGCUUCCAAUCUCGAUUCGAUCAGUACUGCAAAAACAUGCCAGGUGCACAAUUAUUAGGUUUUGCCUCUUCUUCAAGGCAAUCUGCAGUAAAGUCAUCGAUGUAGAUAAAUUAGAAAAAAUGCAAUAUGAAUUGGUGGAAACUUUAUGCCACCUGGAAAAACACUUUCCCCCUUCAUUCUUUGAUGUGAUGAUCCAUCUCUCAAUUCAUCUUGUGAGAGAGAUUAAGCUUUGUGGACCAAUAUUUCUUCGGUGGAUGUAUCCUUUCGAGAGAUACAUGAAGGCAUUUAAAGGAUAUGUACGGAACCCGACACAUCCGGAAGGAUGUAUUGUCGAGGCAUAUGUUGCUGAAGAAGUGGUUGAGUGUUUGGUGAAUUUUGAAGAAGCCACCGUGGGAUUAUCGGAAAAUUCUAGGCAGCAGAAUGAAAUCUGCAGACCCUUAUCUGGUGCUACAAUGAUAGAACCCAGCAGUGAGGACUUGCACUUGUCACAUUUGUGUUUUCUGCAGAAGGCUAAUGGCAUGAGGCCAUAUUUCGAUGAACAUAUGGCAUCUUUGAUGACGAGGCACAAGCAGCAUGAAAAUGAUGGAGUUUGGCUAAAAACCAAACAAAAUGAAAGUUUCCCCAAAUGGUUCCGUAAAAAGGUAUAA